CUCCGAAUCUGCCGAAAGCAAGUGAAAGAGUGGUGCAGGCGUGCAGCGAUGGCGGCGAUCGUUGAUUAAGACCCGCCGAUGGUUGCCUUGAUUAAGCAGCAGUGCAGCAGCCCCGAGGCGUGUAUAUCAUCGCAAAGAAGAGUCGGAAUAGGACAGAGCAGAAAACCCAGCACCAUCAGUUAGUGUGGAAAUUGUGAGCUGACGAAAGUGAGUUUGCAGCGAAAAGUGGAGAGAAAAAUCCACUUGCAAAAAAGCGUUUUUUGGCAGCGCCUACUACCAGCCAAUCUCAGAGCCGAAAGAAACCGUUCGAGAGCUGCCUGGGUCCUCCUCGGGUCCUCGUUUGCUGAGCAAAGAAACGUCACCAAAGGCAGCAAAAAGUGAAUUCCUUCGGCGAAAAACUACCAAAACAGAGACGCACACACGGAAGAUGCCACCACUGAACAGCUUUAACGGGAACGGCAACGAUUGCGGAGAUAUUAUCUGCUCGAUGGCUUCAUCCGGAGCGCAGCUUCCGGCGGUCGUCGCUUCCAAUGACCCCUCGCCGGCGGGGAUGCCCGGUAGCGGUGCUGGUGCUGGGCACGGCACCCCCAGCAAGCCCCGGUUUUCCUGUCCUCAUUACGCGCAGAAGAUGCUGCUAAACCUCAACGCGCUGCGACUGGAUGGCCGGUUUUGUGAUGUAGAGAUCCGGGCCAGUGGAACCACCACCAUUCACGCCCAUCGGGCGGUGCUGAGUGCAAGCUCGGCCUACUUCGAAGCCAUGUUCCGACCGGAGCUCGGUCUGAGCGAAGGCAAGCAGCGCUCCGUGACGCUGCACUCGAUCCGGGCCGAUAUCCUGGAGCUAUUGAUUGGCUUCAUCUACACCGGCCAAAUCGAAAUCGAACAGAGCAACGUACAGGAAUUGCUAGCGGCUGCCGAUAUGCUGCAGGUUCCGGAAGUGGUCGACGGUUGCUGCGAGUACCUGUGCCGGGAGCUGCACUCGUCGAAUGCCCUCGGCAUAUUGCGCUUCGCCGAAGCACACAACUGCCGCCAGCUGGCCGAAGUGGCCUCGAGCUUCGUGUACAGCAACUUUCCAAAGGUGGCGCUCGAGGACGAACUGCUCGACGUGCCGCACACGCUGCUGGUAAAGGUGAUCGCGUCCGAAGCGCUGCGCGUGGACAGCGAAUAUCAGGUGUUUAGGGCCGCGCUGCGCUGGAUCCAGCAUGACGUUGUCCCGCGCCGGCAGUACGUGUUCGAGAUCCUGUCGCACAUUCGCAUCGCACUCGUGGCGGUGUUGCUGAUCGAUCAGGCGAUCGACGAAUGUCGGGACGUUUCACUCAAGAUUGCACUGCGCUCGGUGCGCCGCGAUCUCACGUCCCGCCGUGGACAGCUCGUACCGUUGCGCGUUUGUCCGCGGGUUUGCGCCAAAAAGAGCAUCUACGUGAUUGGUGGUUCACGGCGGGAACAGUCGGCCGGAUGGACGCCAACGGAUUGGAUCUUUGAGUCGGUGAUAAAGUACGACAUCUUUGCCCGCGAGUGGACCGAGUCAGCCUCGAUGGAGAUCGGGCGGAUACUGCCCGGCGUGGCGGCACUCGGGGGGAAAGUCUACGUGAUCGGAGGCGAACGGGGCAGUCAGAUACUGGCGAACGGCGAGGUGUACGAUCCGCAGAACAACAACUGGGAACCGAUGGCCCCGAUGAAUGUGCCGCGCUGUGAGUUCGGCCUUUGCACGCUCGGCGGCACGCUGUACGCGAUGGGCGGCUGGAUCGGCGAGGACAUUGGCGGUUCGAUCGAGUGCUACGAUCCGAUGCGGAAAGCCUGGCGCAUGGUCGGCGAUCUGCCGGAACCGAAGUUCAGCAUGGGUGUAGUUAGUUUUGAAGGAUUAAUUUACAUCGUCGGUGGAUGCAAUACUCAUUCGAGACAUUUAACGGAUCUUAUUAGCUACAAUCCCGUAACGAACGAAUGGACGAAGCUCGCACGCAUGCAGACGGCCCGCUGUCAGAUGGGAGUGGCCAUUCUGGACCGUCACCUGUACGUGGUCGGUGGCAACAGCAGCCAGCAGGAGGUGCUGCGGACAGUCGAACGGUACAGCUUCGAUGAUGACAAGUGGUCAGUGGUUUCGCCGAUGACGGUUUGUCGCUCCAGUCCUGCGGUGGCUGCGGCCGAUGGCUUACUGUACGUGGCCGGUGGAGAUCAACCGUGUGAGAUUAACUUCUACCGCGCACAGAUCACGAUCAGUUCGUUCGAGUGCUACGAUCCGAUCGCCGACCAGUGGAAGGUGUGCCCCGAUCUGCCCACCAGUCGUUCCGAGGCCGGAGCCGUCGUCGUUUAAGCCAUUUUGAGUGGCACGGAACUAGUCCAGGUUUCAUGCCGUGGCCUGGAUUGACGGGAGUAGUAGUGGCCACAGUAUUUUCAUAUCUUCUUCCAUCCAUCAGUCGGCAAAGGGGCGGGGGAGUUGGAACAUAGACCGUUCACCAUAUUCUAUUUGCCAUUCGAUGGACAAUCGCGAAUCGAACCAAAGACACGGAGACGGGCAGACGCAAGAUGCGUCCCAAGACGGGCAGACGCAAGAUGCGUUUAACGAUGCCAAAAACGGGAGCAGAACUAAUUGGAGACGUUAAUGAAAGGAAAAUAAAUGUACGGGGGAAAACAGGUGUCCGAGACACAAGGAGAGUUUUCCUGAUAUUACCUGAGGAACGCUGGUGGCCACCCAAUUUCGUGCGCUCUGUGGGUUCUCUCUCCAUUCCCUCUGGACAGGGGAAGGGAACGAGAGAAUUGAGAAGGGAGACGGAUGGGAGAUGGCUUCUCGCUCGCGCCCGAUUUUGAACUCGAAAUUUAAAAAAAUACCAAAUUCGAUGCGAUGAUUUUUUUGCGUUUCUAUACUAAUUUCCGAUAAAAAUGUACAAGAAAUGCCGAACGUGAACAUUCGUUUUUCCCGUAUAUCACAUUUAUUUAUGUCUUGAAAAGGCUGCUGA